GUAAAAAAUACAGGCCUGCAGGAAUAUAUCGCCUGUGUUUGGAACGGCCGAAUGUGGAACAGUGGCUUUAGGCGGGUGUAUUAUCUUUGCUGCUUGUUGUCACUGGCUCUGCAGGUCAAUAUAGGUUAUGCAAUCCUGGAUAGCCGGGAAGGAUUUGCCGAGCUGGGCAGUGUGUGGCGCCUGACCGUGUGACGGUACGUCCGCCGGCGGCCGGCGCCAUGUGGCCCCCCACGUACGCGCACCACCACUCGUCGCGCUGCAAGUCGGCGCUGCGCCCUCUGGCUCCACUUGCCUGGACCUACGAGAUGCGCCGCGAGAUGCAGGAGAUCCUGCCCGGCCUUUUCCUGGGUCCGUACAACGCGGCCAGCAGGACCCAGCUGGAUCACCUGCAGCAGGUGGGCAUCACGCACAUCGUCUGCGUGCGACGGAGCGACGAGGCCAGUCGCAUACGGCCGAACUUCCCACACAUGUUCCAGUACCUGGAGGUGGAGCUGUCGGGCGCGGCCGAACAGGGCGUGCUGAGCCACGUGGCGCCGGUCAGCGCCUUCCUGGACGAGGCGCUCUGCUCGGGCGGUCGCGCGCUGGUGCACGGCAACCUGGGCAUCUCGCUGUCGGCCGCACUCGUCGUGGCGUACGUCAUGCGGCGGCUCUCGCUGUCAUUUGGGGCCGCCAGCAGUCUGGUGGCGGAGCGGCGCUACUGUGUCCAUCUCAGUCCGGCCCUGGUGCACCAGCUGCACGAGUACGAGCCCAUCUGCCGCGCUGAGGCGGCCUUCCUCGGCGGCCACUGCAGCGGCGGCCGCCGGCGCCACAAGCGCUCCUGCGACCAGCUGGAGGACGACAACGAGCCCAUGGACCUGACCACGUGAGGGCGCUGGCCGGCCGUCGUCGGCCGCGCUGUCGCCCCGCCGCGUCCGGUGGUCGCCGUGUGCUCGGGUGACAGGAGUGCGCGCGGGCGCCGUCCACACGGAGCCGUCCGCACCGUCGGCUCGGCACCGGGGCGCAGCGCACUGCAGGAGCUGAGCCCAUGCAGGC